GUUUCAAUCAUAUUUCACAUGGUACAGGAGUGUCACUGAAACCAGUAUUGUAUCGUAAAGCCCAAGGUUAUUGAAUGUCUGACUCAAAAGCAAACUGAAAUCCGCUGGGUUUUCUUGGCUUGAUGUAGGAAGCUCGGGCAGCACUUUGAGUCUCCCCGACAAACAGGAGGGUUCAUCUCCCAGAAGCCCCUCUGAUGUCACCCGUGAUGCUCAACAUAGUCAACUCAAAGCACGGCUUGCACUGCAACUAGAAGAAAAUGAAACCUUGAGAACUGCUCUGAAGAAUGCCUUGAAGGAAAAGAAAGAAGGUUUGCAAUUCUACAAGGACUUGCUGGCCCAAGCAAAACAGGAAUUCCAGCAGGCCCACAGAAAGCAUGAGCAGGGGACUUAGACUGGACUGAUGAAGUGUCUUUGCUAGCAAACAGAGAUCACUAAAGGACAACACCGGCAUUAAGGUAUUCCCUCGUUCCGGACCAGUGCUUCCUCCACACCAUUGACUACAUCCAGGAACUUGGGUAAAUAAGUCCCCGCUGUGCAGGCAGAGGUUAAAGUGGACUGUGCCAGUUUUGACAGCGUUGUGAAAGAGUUUUCCGGGCAGAAAGAAGCAGCAGGGGGAGGGAUGAGACGCGGGAGAAGAAGAGGGAAAAUGGCGAUGGAGGGGCCUAGGCAUCAACCGCCAACCCUCGUCCCAUUGCUGAUGAGUGUAACGGCUGUGUUGAUCUCACACCACAUCUUCAACGCUGCUGCCCAGAUACCAGACCCCGAGCUUCUGCCAACAGACCCUCCAAAAAAGCCAGAUCCAGUCACUUCAGAAUCAGUGGUGUUUUGGGGCCUUCGAUUAUGGCAGGUUGUAGGCAUUUUCUCCAUGUUCAUCCUAGCAAUUAUAAUAACACUGUGCUGCAUCUUCAAAUGCCGAAUUCCACGAACAAAAAAAGAGAUAGAGGCUCGGAAUGUACAAAGACAAGCUGCAAAAACCUAUGCCAACACACUGGAGACGGUGCCCCCCCUCAACGAGCUCACAGAUAUGCCGGGAGCGGUGAAGCCUGAGGAGAAGGAGGAGGUGCCAACUGUUGCAGGAAAGGUUGACGCAGAAAAGGGAAAGAAGAAAGAAAAAGAAGGCAAAAAGGAAGGCAAGGGUGCAAAAGAAGGAAAAGAAGGGAAGGGAGAGGAGAAGGAUGAAACCACAAAGAAGAAAGGGGAAAAGGGAGAAAAAGGAGAGAAAGGAGCAUCAAAGAAAGAGACGUCGGAUGGAGGGAAAGGUAAAAAGGGAGGUGGAGAGAAAGGAGAAGAAAAAGGAGGGAAAGGAGGUGGAGCCAAGGGCGGUGCCAAGAAGCCUGCAAAAAAGUGA